GCCAACUGUCAGGGCUGACGUUUGCACCGUUCGCUCUGCGCUUCCUCUUUUCGUUUGUGACUUGAUCGACGAGAACAUCCAGAAUGGUUAACGUACCGAAGCAGCGCCGUACGUACUGCAAGAAGUGCAAGGUUCACCGCGUGCACAAGGUGACGCAGUACAAGAAGUCGAAGGAGCGACAGGCGUCCCAGGGUCGUCGUCGUUACGACCGUAAACAGAAAGGUUUCGGUGGUCAAACGAAGCCCAUCUUCAGAAAGAAGGCCAAGACCACGAAGAAAAUCGUGCUGCGUAUGGAGUGCGUCGAGUGCAAGUACCGCAAACAGACCCCGCUGAAGCGUUGCAAACACUUCGAGCUCGGUGGAGACAAGAAGCGCAAGGGACAGAUGAUCCAGUUCUAGGCUGGCGUUUGUUUUGCUGGUUCCAUCUCUGUGUACACCAACCCGCCCGGCAUCGUGAAUAAAAGCUCGGUAAACUCCGGUCGGUGUGUCCGGUCCUGGUGGCUACCGAUCUGCGUUUGCUCAUGAUGUGAGAAACAACCACUACAAAUA